AUGCUGGUGGAGUUAAAAGCUUGCUUCAUGGAGGCCUACGAUGACAAUCAAGAUGGAAAAAUCGAUAUAAGAGAGCUGGCACAGUUACUUCCGAUGGAGGAAAACUUUCUGCUGUUGUUCAGAUUCGACAAUCCCCUAGAGUCGAGCGUCGAAUUUAUGAAAAUUUGGCGGGAGUAUGACACAGAUGGUAGCGGGUACAUCGAAGCCGACGAAUUGAAGAAUUUUCUUCGAGACCUGUUGAAGGAGGCGAAGAAAAUCAACGAUGUGUCUGAGGACAAGCUCAUCGAAUACACAGAUACAAUGCUACAAGUUUUCGAUUCAAACAAAGACGGAAGACUACAGUUAUCAGAGAUGGCGAAGUUGCUGCCAGUCAAGGAAAAUUUCCUGUGUAGACAAGUUUUCAAGGAGGGCAUAGAGGGUGCAACGAAAUUGACGAAGGAUGACAUCGAAAGGGUGUUUUCAUUAUAUGACAGGGAUAACAAUGGCUCAAUAGAAAACGAGGAGCUGAGAGGAUUCUUAAAGGAUCUAUUGGAAUUGGUUAAGAAGGACUACGACGCGCAGGACCUCCUCGAGUUUGAGGAGACCAUACUCCAGGGCGUCGAGUACAGCAGCGACGGCAAGAUCAGCAGGAAGCAGCUGACCAUGAUCCUGCUGGCGCUGGCGAAACACCACCAGGAGGAGGAGCCGACGACCCCG